AUGGAACCACACCUGGGGCAUGCUUAUACACUAUGUCUUGCGGAUGCCUGGGCUCGUUACGCGGAGAUUCGAGGGCAUCCUGCCCUGUCUCCUUUCAGUUAUCCGUCAACAAGUCGUUUGAAGUCUCUUGUGAAGUCCAAUGUGCCGCCACAGAGUCUAUUGUCUGCGGGAACUGAUGAGCACGGGAUGAAGGUUAAGCUGGCCGCUCAGAAAGCAUCGCUAUCUCCCAAGGAAUACUGUGAUCAGAUUUCACCUCUGUUUCAGUCACUGUGCGAAGUGUUUUCAGUCAAUGUAAAGGAUUUUAUUCGUACCACAGAGGAUCGACAUCGUCAUGCUGUGGAAGAGUUUUGGCGACAUUUGGAUAAGAGUGGCCAGCUGUAUCAAGCCACCUAUGCUGGCUGGUAUUCCACUUCCGACGAAGCUUUCUAUACUGAGCGGGAGCUCACACAAACAAAGCCAUCGGUUUCUGUCCAGUCAUCUACGAAAUCUUCACCCACAAUACCUACCGUAGACAAUGAACCCGUCUACGUGGUAACGGAAACCGGAAAUCCUGUGGAGCGGGUAGAAGAAACCAAUUUUAUGUUUCGUCUGACUUCCUUCAAAGACCCCUUACACAAAUGGUUGGAUUCUGGGGGUUAG